CGACCAGCUCUCCUAGGAAGAUGAAAAAGUCAGUGUCCCUAACUACUUAUGCAAAGCUGGAUAUCUGGCAGAGGAGUUCUCUCAUCUCAUGACCUGAAUUACUAAGGGCUUAAAUCUCAGCUUCCCCUAUGCAGAUGAGGGAAGAAAGGUGCCUCUCCCUCCACCCUACAAGGACUCCAAAUAAAGGCUAAGCAAAAUUGCAGUUACUGCUCCCCAAUUACAUCCCCAGGCCUACCUAGGCCCCCAAAUGGGGUGGAGAGAAGGAAGAGUCAUGGCUGCAUGGGGGUCUCGUGGAGUAUGUUGUACCUGAUCCCUUCAGGGAGGUUAGUGUUGUGUGCACGCUCCAGAAAGCUGCAGAAAACUUUCUGGAUCAUAGACAGUCAAACUAUAGGCCAGUCACUUACCCUUUCUGUGUCUCAUUUCCCACUGUGCAAUAGGGAUAGUGACAUGACCUAGCACUCUGGAAUGCUGUAGCUUUAAUUCAUUAGUAUCUAUAAAGCACUCAGAGAUCAUCUCCUGGAUGGGGCUCUAGAAAUGCCAAGGAAUAUUGUAUAUCACUUUUAGCUACACUCCUACUUUGAAAGUUUCCCCACAGAAUCCACUGAUUCAACUAUUUCAAAUUCUGAAUUAUCUAACUUGGCAAAUUGGAAUCGGCUUUUCAGAACGUUCUGAGAAGCAAAAAUGUGCUCUGUGUCAGUACCAGGAAACACGGAGCAGUAUUAUAGUCAAUCUGUAUGCUGAAUGAGUCAGCCACAGUUUAUGCACCUGCUGUGACUUACAAAUCUGAAUGCACUUGGAGAUGCUGGUUUUGCAAACAGAUGGAUUUUGUAAAUCCUGUUACACACAGAAAUGUUAAGAGCUUCACAACAGAAAAGGAGCAUGUCCAUCUCUUAUUGGAAGAGAAGGUUCAAGGUCUAGAGAAACAAGUAUCAACCCUGCAUUGCAAAAGAGAAACUGAAGAUUUCCUGGACAGACGUCAGGAUAUGCUCUACGGGCACAAGAUUCUGAAGAUUCAGAACAGGCUGCGCAGCGGGGACAGAAGGACGGUGAAGAAAUUUGGCAGUAUGUGACCUCCAGAAAAAGAAAGGGGAGCGUCCAUGUACCAGCAAUGCAGAUACAGGUAGUUUUCUCGUGGUGACAGAUGAGACAUGAGAUCUUCAGCCUCCAGGCUUUCAAGUUUUUCUUCAAGAGAUUCAUUAUGGAAUCGGAUCAUGCCGGACCAGAUCACCGUGCCCGAGUUCAUCGCGGAGACCACGGAGGAUUACAACUCUCCGACCACCUCCAGCUUCACGACCCGGCUGCAGAACUGCAGGAACACGGUCACGCUGCUGGAGGAGGCAUUGGAUCAAGACAGAACUGCACUACAGAAAGUGAAAAAGUCUGUAAAAGCAAUAUAUAAUUCUGGGCAAGAUCAUGUUCAGAAUGAAGAGAACUAUGCACAAGUAUUAGAUAAAUUUGGAAGUAAUUUUUUAAGUCGGGAUAAUCCAGAUCUUGGCACUGCUUUUGUUAAAUUUUCAACACUUACUAAGGAACUAUCAACGCUGCUGAAAAACCUGCUCCAGGGCUUAAGCCACAAUGUUAUCUUCACUUUGGAUUCUCUCUUAAAAGGAGACUUGAAAGGAGUUAAAGGGGAUCUUAAAAAGCCUUUUGACAAAGCCUGGAAGGAUUAUGAGACCAAAUUCACAAAAAUUGAAAAGGAAAAAAGAGAACAUGCAAAACAGCAUGGGAUGAUACGAACAGAGAUAACAGGAGCUGAGAUAGCAGAAGAAAUGGAGAAGGAAAGGCGACUAUUUCAGCUCCAGAUGUGUGAAUAUCUCAUUAAGGUUAAUGAAAUCAAGACAAAAAAAGGUGUGGACCUUCUACAGAAUCUUAUUAAGUAUUAUCAUGCACAGUGCAAUUUCUUCCAAGAUGGCUUGAAAACUGCUGAUAAGUUGAAACAGUAUAUUGAAAAGUUGGCUGCCGAUUUAUACAAUAUAAAGCAGACACAAGAUGAAGAAAAGAAACAGCUUACUGCGCUCCGAGACUUGAUAAAAUCCUCUUUACAGCUUGAUCAGAAAGAGGAUUCCCAGAGCAGGCAAGGAGGAUAUAGUAUGCAUCAGCUUCAGGGAAAUAAGGAGUAUGGAAGCGAGAAGAAGGGUUAUCUCUUAAAGAAGAGUGAUGGGCUAAGGAAAGUGUGGCAGAGAAGAAAGUGCACUGUCAAAAAUGGAAUUCUUACCAUAUCACAUGCAACAUCCAACAGGCAACCUGCCAAACUGAAUUUACUAACCUGCCAGGUGAAGCCAAAUGCAGAAGAUAAGAAGUCUUUUGAUCUGAUAUCACAUAACAGAACAUACCACUUUCAGGCGGAGGAUGAACAAGAGUAUAUAGCAUGGAUAUCAGUAUUGACUAACAGUAAAGAAGAAGCAUUAAACAUGGCAUUCCGUGGAGAGCAGAGCACAGGGGAAAACAGUUUAGAGGAUCUAACAAAAGCCAUUAUUGAUGAUAUACAGAGAUUACCCGGAAAUGAAGUCUGUUGUGAUUGUGGAUCACCAGAUCCAACUUGGCUGUCAACGAACCUGGGCAUUUUAACCUGUAUAGAGUGUUCUGGAAUACAUAGGGAAAUGGGUGUUCAUAUUUCUCGAAUCCAGUCUUUGGAGCUAGACAAAUUAGGAACGUCUGAACUCUUGCUGGCCAAGAAUGUAGGAAAUAAUUGUUUUAAUGAUAUAAUGGAAGGGAAUUUACCUAGUCCUUCACCCAAACCCACUCCAUCAAGUGAUAUGACUGCACGUAAAGAAUAUAUCACUGCUAAGUAUGUAGAUCAUAAGUUUUCUAGAAAGACUUGUGUAUCUGCAGCAGCUAAACUGAAUGAACUACUCGAGGCUGUCAAAUCCAGGGAUCUACUUGCACUAAUUCAAGUCUAUGCAGAGGGGGUAGAGCUAAUGGAGCCACUGUUAGAGCCUGGACAGGAGCCAGGUGAAACAGCACUUCAUUUAGCAGUCCGGACUGCUGACCAAACCUCCCUUCAUCUGGUUGACUUUCUUGUACAAAACUGUGGAAACCUGGAUAAACAAACUGCUUUGGGGAAUACAGUUCUACACUACUGCAGUAUAUAUAAUAAACCUGAAUGUUUGAAAUUGCUUUUGAGAGGCAAACCGACUAUUGAUAUAGUAAACCAAGCUGGAGAGACAGCUCUGGACAUAGCAAAGAGACUGAAAGCUACUCAGUGUGAAGAACUGCUUUCCCAAGCCAAGGCAGGGAAGCUAAAUCCACACAUACAUGUAGAAUAUGAGUGGAACCUUCGACAGGAAGAAAUUGAUGAAAGUGAUGAUGAUUUAGAUGACAAGCCUAGUCCUAUAAAGAAAGAACGUUCUCCAAGACCCCAGAGCUUUUGCCACUCUUCCAGUCUUUCCCCCCAAGACAAAAUGACUCUGCCUGGAUUUAGCACUCCUAGAGACAAACAAAGACUGUCCUACGGAGCCUUUACAAAUCAGAUUUUUGUCUCUACAAGCACAGAUUCUCCAGCUUCUCCAACAGCAGAUGCUCCUCCUCUCCCUCCUAGAAAUGCUGGCAAAGUACGUGUCCUACCAUUAACUGGAAUACUGGUUCUGCCAUACCUCUCAUGCAGUGGUCCACCUUCAACCCUUCCUCUAAGUACUCAACCCUCCAGUGGCAGCUCCACUCUUUCCAAGAAGAGACCACCUCCCCCACCCCCUGGACAUAAAAGAACCCUCUCUGACCCACCAAGCCCGCUACCUCAUGGACCCCAGAAUAAGGGCCUAAUUCCUUGGGGUAAUGAUUUGGGUCCACCCUCAACUAAGACUGCAAACAAGUUUGAGGGAAUGUCUCAGCAGUCGAGCACGGGGACCGCAAAGACUGCACUUGGCCCAAGAGUUCUUCCUAAACUACCUCAAAAAGUGGCACUAAGAAAAAUAGAAACCAGUCAUCAUCUUUCAAUAGAUAGAUCUAAUCAACACCUGGAAAUCUUUCAGAAGUCUUCACAGUCUGUCGAUCUGCCACAGAAACCACAACCUGGAGACUUGCCCCCAAAGCCUCAGCCUGUGGAACUCACCCAGAAACCUCCAAUUGGAGAACUACCCCCAAAACCAGGAGAAUUACCCCCAAAACCUCAGCUUGGAGAUUUGCCACCAAAACCACAACUUGGAGACUUACCACCAAAGCCACAAAUGAAGGACCUGCCUCCAAAACCUCAGCUAGGAGAGGUAUUGGUUAAAACUCAAGCUGGAGAAUCAUCACCAAAGCCUCAGCCCUCAGAGGCAAAUCAGAAAUCUCACUCCAUAGAUCUUUCUCCAAAUGUACACUCUAGAGAUACCGUCCAAAAGCAAGUAUCUGAAGAUUCUAAUGAUGUGACACAUACUCUGCCAGAGACCCCAGUGCCGCUUCCCAGGAAAAUAAAUAUGGGGAAAAACAAAGUUAGGAGAGUGAAGACCAUUUAUGACUGUCAAGCAGACAAUGAUGAUGAGCUUACAUUUGUUGAAGGAGAAGUAAUUAUAGUAACUGGUGAAGAGGACCAAGAGUGGUGGAUUGGCCAUGUCGAAGGACAGCCAGAGAGGAAAGGAGUCUUCCCGGUGUCCUUUGUGCACAUUUUGUCAGAUUAAUAAAAUUCAAAACUUGAGCAUUGCACAUCCUUCAUGCAAGACAGGCUUUUUAGCAAAAGCUAACGGCUGCUGCCUCUCUGUAAUCCUGUGCACAAUUGUGUAUAUAUAGCUGCUGUUACAAAAUAAGAAUUCAUUUACGGUUCACCUCAUGAGGUGAAUUAUAUGUAUUGUAAAUAUACUGUGUUAUUCUGCCUUUGCCAGUAUUAUGGUAGCCUUGGAACCUGGCAUGCCUUACUGGGUUUGCUGAAGCCAUCCUUGGCAUCUAGCACUUACAUCUCUGUCUAUGCUGUUAAAAAUGUGUAUCAACUGCCAGCUUUCCAAACAUAGGUUUCCAUCAACCAUGUAACUUUGUAGAAAUGACUGUUCCUAAUAACUCAGUAUUCUCAAUUAUAUAAUUAGCAGAGUUAAGAUUCUGUUUUCAAAGUAAAUGGUUUUGGCCCACUUAAAGACCAAUCUACAAUUAAGUGUACACAGUUUACAGCUAAGAAACCCACUUUGGUAUUUAUUAAAGAAAGUGUUCAGUUAAACGUAAGUUUGAAAGCAAAAGGAAUAUUCACUGACUUUACAGAAAAUCAGUAGCAUUUUAUGGUGUGCAUACAGCAUUUCAUGUUUAUAUUAUGUGGACCUAUGCCAAACUCUGAUUGCAGUUUCCCUGUGAUAUUACCUCACUUUAAGACAGUUACAAAUUACUUCCAUCUGAAAAUUUAUUUUGAUAAAAAUUAGUCAUACUGUCUUUCCUUAUACAUAUGUGAAAUUUGCUGAAGGUUUUUCACUGAAUUUUUAGUAACCAAGGACUUUUAGAAAAUAUUACACUGUUUACAUUAUGCAUGCAUUUAAAAUAGUGGUUCUCAACCUGUUUAUCAUUGUGAGCCACAUAUCUGGCCCACAAUGUGUUACCUGGGCCGCAGGUUGUGAACCAGAGUGCCCCCCAGACCCAAUGCCCAGCGCCUCCCGCCCAGAAACCCCUCCACAGAGUGGGGCCAAGAGUGGAGCCCUGGGCAGGUGGCAGGGACCCCAGACCCUGCUGUGCAGAGCCAGGCAGUGUGCGGCCGUGUGACUGGGCAGACGGGGAACAGCCCAGAUACCGGACCCCAUGGGGUUGGCCUGUAGCCCUGGACCUUGUGAGUUGGGCAGCAGCCCCGGACCCUGGAGUCUGCAGGGCCGGGUGGCAGCUCCGGAUCCAGGACUCUGCGUGGCCGGCCGGCAGCCACUGAUCCCGGAUUCCAUGGGGCUGGCUGCAGCCCCGGACCCCGUGGGGCCGGCCCGCAGCCCUGGACCCCAGACUGUACGGGGCCGAGUAGCAGCCCGGACUCCACCACACUGGGCGGCCAGGCAGGAUGACCCGGGGGGCCUUUAGCACACAGCUGGGCCGCAGCUGUGUGCUAAUUAGGCUGCCUGUGGGUUGAGAACCCCUGAUUUAGAAUCUUACUUGAAACCUGUCUUUGUACAGGAAUAGUACUGUAGUCACAUAGCUAAGCUGGAACAAAAGAACAUUUUAAUUUGAUAACUAUUCAGAUUGAAAUGUGAGCUUGCAACAGUAUUUAUUUAUAGCUAAUUGGCUCUCCUUAAAAAUCACUUAUUUAAAAAAAAUGUCUUCCGCUUUGCUGAAGGUUAUAAUUAACCAGUGUAAAAUUUCCUCAAUGUUAUUGUCUGGAUAAAUGUAAACUAUUACAGUAUAAAAAAUUGUUUAGAAAAUCAGAGUGAAAGGUUGACCUUUCAUGCAGUUUGUCAGGCUAUUAAUUAUAGAAACUAAUCACUAGUAUCAAGUUGUAUAUUAACUGUCUUCAUUAAACUAUCUUUGUAUUUCAUAGUCUUAACUCCAAGCACCAGCCAAAAAACACAUUACCACAAGUCAAACACAUCCUUCCAAGACUUAUUAGAAAUUAAUUUUAUGGUAGCUUCAGAGUUGUUAUAAAAUGGCAUUAGUGGAAAACACAUUCCUUGCAGUUAAUUCACUUAGUUUCCUUUUUUUCUAAUCAAAACAUUUAGCGUACUAUUAAAAACAUUCAUUUACUUCAGAUUUUCUAUAUCUUUUUUAAUUUUGGAACAGAAUGAAAUUGUUAUUUUCUGUGAUCAGAUAACUGUAUUGAUCAGGUUCUGUGAUUUUCUUAUGUAGGACUGGUAUUAUAUUGCUUAAAAUGUUACUUUGGCAACAGUACAUAUUACUAAUAUUUUACAGCAGACAGUCUUGGCUACAUAGGAAGAUUUUUCAUUUCAUAAAAGCACAACUCAAAAAAACCUUCUGAAAGUUUUCAUUUUUAGUGCAGUUUUACAAGGCUAUAGUCAGUGAAUAUUUAAUUCUAUUUAUAUGGUUAUGAAAACUUAAAUAUCAAAUAAACCUUGCAUGAGAAAAUAUUCCAAAAUAUUUAUCAACUGUUACUGGAAAGUGGCUUUUAAACUAUUGCUUUAUCAGUGUCAUGACAAAUAUGUAUUCAAAAACAAAUACACCAGUGAGUGAGCCUGCUCACAUCUAAUCCACAGUGUUAUUAGUUUCAGUCUUAUACUGUUCUUUAUGGAAGGCAGUCAGGACCUGAGUUUAUUUAGCAUUCCAUUUUAUCCAUUAAUAUAAUGUUUUAAGUUGCAUUAAAGAAAGAAAAACUAUUCACUUUUGUGGUCAAGUGUAUUUUUAAGUGAUCUCAAAAUAAUCUGGUAAAAGCUAACCACAUAAAGAAAACCUAGACAUGUAAAAUGAUGUAGAAGCAAAUGUCUAUUCUUUUGUACACUCUUUGCAGUAGUAUACAUAGGCAUUGUUAAAAUGAGAUUAGUUCCAUCAGGAACAAGAGUUCUGUUUGUUCUGGCUUAUUGUGGGUCAUAGGAAAUUUAAAAAUACAUUGUAUGUUAUAUUGCUUGAGUUUAAGUACAAUAUUAUAUUUAAACUCAGUGAGCCACUAUCUGCAAUUUUGUACAUGAAAUAGUAUUUGGAAAGUUUAGAUCUUUAUAGACAAAUAGCUAAUAAUUAGGUUUUUUUUUCCCCUGGGAUGGGGAUGUUCUGCAAAUGAUGUCUUAUUUUACUGUUGAACAGCAAUUGCUAUUUAUUUUUUUAUUACAUAAUACAUCAACAUGUUGUAUAGAAAUCAGAUUUGGUAAUGCCAGUAGUUAAAAUUUUGACUUCUCAUUUGAAUGUUAAGAUCAAACAUCAGUACACUUGUCUAUUCACAUGUAUGUAAAUGUGACAGUUUUUGAGUACUGUAUGUGUUAAUUUCUACUUUUUUAAUAUUUAAAAUUGCUUUGAAAUAAAUGUAUUCAGUUGAUCCCAGA